AUGGCAUCAUUGCCUGCAGGGGCCGCCUCCCACCCUACCAUCGCCCACCCUCAUGUCUCCCACCCUCCCAUCUCCCACCCUCCCAUCGCCCACCAUCCCGUCUCCCACCCUCCCAUCUCCCACCCUCCCAUCGCCCACCCUCCCAUCGCCCAAGCUACUUGGGGUCGGUGUCUGACAGCCAUGCCCAUGACCAGCAGAGAGCGCUCCUCUGCUUGUGCUUCCUCUGCUUGCGCUUCCUCUACUUGUGCUUCCCCUGCUUGUGCUUCCUCUACUUGCGCUUCCUCUACUUGCGCUUCCUCUGCUUGCGCUUCCUGUGCUUGUGCUUCCUCUGCUUGCGCUUCCUCUGCUUGUGCUUCCUCUGCUUGUGCUUCCUCUGCUUGUGCUUCCUCUGCUUGCGCUUCCUCUGCUCGUGCUUCCUCUUCUUGCGCUUCCUCUGCUUGUGCUACCUCUGCUUGUGCUUCCUCUGCUUGUGCUUCCUCUGCUUGUGUUUCCUCUACUUGUGCUUCCUCUGCUUGUGCUUCCUCUGCUUGUGCUUCCUCUGCUAGCGCUUCCUCUGCUUGUGCUUCCUUAGCUUGUGAUUCCUCUGCUUGCGAUUCCUUUGCUUACGCUUCCUUUGCUUGUGCUUCCUCUGCUUGUGCUUCCUCUGCUUUCGCUACCUCUGCUUGUGCUUCCUAUGCUUGUGCUUCCUCUACUUGUGCUUCCUAUGCUUGUGCUUCCUCUACUUGUUCUUCCUUUGCUUUCGCUACCUCUGCUUGUGCUUCCUAUGCUUGUGCUUCCUCUGCUUGUGCUUCCUAUGCUUGUGCUUCCUCUGCUUGUGCUUCCUAUGCUUGUGCUUCCUCUGCUUGUGCUUCCUGUGCUUGCGCUUCCUCCGCUUGUGCUCCCUCUGCUUGCGCUUCCUCUGCUUGUUCUCCUCUUCUUGCGCUUCCUCUACUUGUGCUUCCUCUGCUUGUGCUUCCUCUGCUUGUGCUUCCUCUACUUGUGCUUCCUCUGCUUGUGCUUCCUCUGCUUGUGCUUCCUCUGCUUGUGCUUCCUCUACUUGUGCUUCCUCUGCUUGUGCUUCCUCUGCUUGUGCUUCCUCUGCUUGUGCUUCCUCUGCUUACACUUUCUCUACUUGCGCUUCCUCUGCUUGUGCUUCCUGUGCUUGCGCUUCCUCUGCUUGUGCUUCCUCUGCUUGCACUUCCUCUGCUUGCGCUUCCUCUGCUUGUGCUUUUGACGCUCGCGCUUCCUCUGCUCAUGCUUCCUCUGCAUGUGCUUCCUCUGCUUGCGCUUCCUCUGCUUGCGCUUUCUCUGCUUACGCUUCCUCUGUUUACGCUUCCUCUGCUUCUUCUUCCUGUGCUUGCGCUUCCUCUGCUUGCGCCUCCUCUGCUUGUGCUUCCUCUGCUUGUGCUUCCUCUGCUUGCGCUUCCUCUGCUUGUGCUUCCUCUACUUGCGCUUCCUCUGCUUGCGCUUCCUCUGCUUGUGCUUCCUCUGCUUGCGCUUCCUAUGCUUGUGCUUACUCUGCUUGCGCUUCCUCUGCUUGUGCUUCCUCUGCUUACGCUUCCUUUUCUUGUGCUUCCUCUGCUUGCGCUUUCUCUGCUUGCGCUUCCUCUGCUUGUUCUUCCUCUGCUUGCGCUUCCUCUGCUUGCGCUUCCUCUGCUUGCGCUUCCUCUCCUUGUGCUUCCUCUGCUUGCGCUUCCUCUGCUUGCGUUUCCUCUGCUUGUGCUUCCUCUGCUUGUGCUUCCUCUGCUUGUGCUUCCUCUGCUUGUGCUUCCUCUACUUGUGCUUCCUCUGCUUGUGCUUCCUCUGCUUACGCUUCCUCUUCUUGCGCUCCUCUGCUUGCGCUUCCUCUGCUUACGCUUCCUCUGCUUGCGCUUCCUCUGCUUGCGCUUCCACUGCUUACGCUGCCUCUACUUGCGCUCCUCUGCUUGCGCUUCCUAUGCUUGCGCUUCCUCUGCUUGCGCAUCCUCUCCUUGCGCUUCCUUUGCUUCUUGUGAUUCCUCUGCUUGCGAUUCCUUUGCUUACGCUUCCUCUGCUUGUGCUUCCUCUGCUUAUGCUUUCUCUGCUUGCGCUUCCUCUGCUUGUGCUUCCUUUGCUUGCGCUUCCUCUGCUUGUGCUUCCUUUGUUUGCACUUCCUCUGCUUGCGCUUUCUCUGCUUGUGCUUUUGACGCUUGCGCUUCCUCUGCUCAUGCUUCCUCUGCAUGUGCUUCCUCUGCUUGCGCUUCCUCUGCUUGCGCUUCCUCUGCUUGCGCUUCCUCUGCUUACGCUUCCUCUUUUUGCGCUUCCUCUGCUUCUUCUUCAUGUGCUUGCGCUUCCUCUGCUUGCGCUUCCUUUGCUUGUGCUUCCUCUGCUUGUGCUUCCUCUGCUUGCGCUUCCUCUGCUUGUGCUUCCUCUGCUUGCGCUUCCUCUGCUUGUGCUUCCUCUGCUUGCGCUUCCUCUGCUUGUGCUUCCUCUGUUUGCGCCUCCUAUGCUUGUGCUUCCUCUGCUUGCGCUUUCUUUGCUUGUGCUUCCUCUGCUUACGCUUCCUUUUCUUGUGCUUCCUCUGCUUGCGCUUUCUAUGCUUGCGCUUCCUCUGCUUGUUCUUCCUCUGCUUGCGCUUCAUCUGCUUGCGCUUCCUCUGCUUGCGCUUCCUCUCCUUGUGCUUCCUCUGCUUGCGCUUCCUCUGCUUGUGAUUCCUCUGCUUGCGCAUCCUCUGCUUGUGCUUCCUCUGCUUGUGCUUCCUCUGCUUGUACUUCCUCUUCUUGUGCUUCCUCUGCUUGUGCUUCCUCUACUUGUGCAUCCUCUGCUUGUGCUUCCUCUGCUUGUGCUUCCUCUGCUUGUGCUUCCUCUACUUGCGCUUCCUCUGCUUACGCUUCCUCUGCUUGCGCUCCUCUGCUUGCGCUUCCUCUGCUUACGCUUCCUCUAGUUGCGCUUCCUCUGCUUGCGCUUCCUCUGCUUACGCUUCCUCCACCUGCUCUCCUCUGCUUACGCUUCUCUGCUUGCGCUUCCUCUGCUUGCGCUUCCUGUGCUUGUGCUUCCUCUUCUUGUGCUUCCUCUGCUUGCGCUUCCACUGCUUGCGCUUCUUUAUCUUGUGCUUCCUAUGCUUGCGCUGCCUCUAUUUGCGCUUCCUCUGCUUGCGUUUCCUUUGCUUGCGCUCUUCUGCUUGUCUGCCUCUACUUGCGCUUCCUCUGCUUCUGCUUCCUCUGCUUGCGCCUUCUUUGCUUGUGCUUCCUCUGCUUGCGCUUCCUCUGCUUGCGCUUCCUCUGCUUGCACUUUCUCUGCUUGUGCUUCCUCUGCUUAUGCUUCCUCUGCUUGUGCUUCCUCUGCUUGUGCUUCCUCUGCUUGUGCUUCCUCUGCUUGCGCUUCCUCUGCUUGCGCUUCCUCUGUUUGCGCUUCCUCUGCUUGCGCUUCGUCCCCUUGCGAUUCCUCUGCUUGCGCUUUCUCUGCUUGGGCUCCUCUGCUUGUGCUUCAUCUGCUUAUGCUUCCUCUGCUUGCGCUUCCUCUGCUUGUGCUUCCUCUGCUUGUGCUUCUUCUACUUGCGCAUCCUCUGCUUGUGCUUCCUCUGCUUGCGCUUCCUCUGCUUGUGCUUUCAUUGCUUGUGCUUCCUCCGCUUGCGCUUCCUCUUCUUGUGCUUCUUCUGCUUGUGCUUCCUCUACUUGUGCUUCCUCUCCUUGUGCUUCCUCUACUUGCGCUUCCUCUUCUUGUGCUUCCACUGCUUGUGCUUCCUCUACUUGCGCUUCCUCUCCUUGCGCUUCCUCUGCUUGCGCUUCUCUGCUUGUGCUUCCUCUGCUUGUGCUUCCUCUGGUAUUGGCCUCCCACCCUCCCAUCGCCCACCCUCACGUCUCCCACCCUCCCAUCUCCCACCCUCCCAUCGCCCACCAUCCCGUCUCCCACCCUCCCAUCUCCCACCCUCCCAUCGCCCACCCUCCCAUCGCCCAAGCUACUUGGGGUCGCUUGUGCUUCCUCUGCUUGCGCUUCCUCUGCUUGUGCUUCCUCUGCUUCUGCUUCCUCUGCUUGUGCUUCCUCUGCUUGCGCUUCCUCUGCUUGUGCUUCCUCUGCGUGCACUUCCUCCGCUUGAGCUUCCUCUGCUUACGCUUCCUCUGCUUGCGCUUCCUCUGCUUGUGCUUCCUCUGCUUGCGCUUCCUCUGCUUGUGCUUCCUGUGCUUGCGCUUCCUCUGCAUAUGCUUCCUCUGCUUGCGCUCCUCUGCUUCUGCUUCCUCUCCUUGUGCUUCCUCUGCUUACGCUUCCUCUCCUUGUGCUUCCUUUGCUUGCGCUUCCUCAGCUUGUGCUUCCUCUACUUGCGCUUCCUCUGCUUGCGCUUCCUCUACUUGUGCUUCCUCUGCUUGCGCUUCCUUUGCUUGUGCUUCCUCUGCUUGUGCUUCCUCUGCUUGUGCUUCCUCUGCUUGUGCUUCCUCUGCUUGUGCUUCCUCUGCUUGUGCUUCCUCUACUUGCGCUUCCUCUACUUGUGCUUCCUCUGCUUGUGCUUCCUCUGCUUGCACUUCCUCUGCUUGUGCUUCCUUUGCUUAUGCUUCCUUUGCUUGCGCUUCCUCUACUUGUGCUUCUACUGCUUGCGCUUCCUCUGCUUGUGCUUCCUCUGCUUGUGGUUCCUCUGCUUGCGCUUCCUCUGCUUGCGCUUCCUCUGCUUGCGCUUCCUCUACUUGUGCUUCCUCUGCUUGCGCUUCCUCUGCUUGUGCUUCCUCUCCUUGCGCUUCCUCUGCUUGUGCUUCCUCUGCUUGCGCUUCCUCUGCUUGUGCUUCUUCUGCUUCUGCAUCCUCUGCUUGCGCUUCCUCUGCUUGUGCUUCCUCUGCUUGCGCUUCCUCUGCUUGUGCUUCUUCUGCUUGUGCUUCUUCUGUUUCUGUCUCCUCUGCUUGCGCUUCCUCUGCUUGUGCUUCUUCUGCUUGUGCUUCCUCUGCUUGUGCUUGGUCUGCUUGUGCUUCCUCUGCUUGCGCUUCCUCUGCUUGCGCUUCCUCUGCUUGCGCUUCCUCUACUUGUGCUUCUUCUGCUUGUGCUUCCUCUGCUUGUGCUUCCUCUGCUUACGCUUAUUCUACUUGCGCUUCCUCUGCUUGUGCUUCCUCUGCUUGCGCUUCCUCUGCUUGCGCUUCCUCUGCUUGUGCUUCCUGUGCUUGGGCUUCCUCUGCUUGUGCUUCCUCUGCUUGCGCUUACCCUGCUUGUGCUUCCUCUGCUUGCGCUUCCUCUGCUUGUGCUUCCUUUGCUUGUGCUUCCUCUGCUUGUACUUCCUCUGCUUGUGCUUCCUCUGCUUGUGCUUUCUCUGCUUGCGCUUGCUUACACUUCCUCUGCUUGCGCUCCUGUGCUUGCGCUUCCUCUACUUACGCUUCCUCUGCUUGCGCUUCCUCUGCUUGCGCUUCCUCUGCUUACGCUUCCUCUACUUGCGCUCCUGUGCUUGCGCAUCCUAUGCUUACGCUUCCUCUGCUUGCGCUUCCCUUCCUUGCGCUUCCUUUGCUUGUGUUUCCUCUGCUUGUGCUUCCUCUGCUUGCGCUUCCUCUGCUUGCGAUUCCUCUGCUUGCGCUUCCUCUGCUUGUGCUUCCUCUGCUUACGUUUCCUCUCCUUCUGCUUCCUCCGCUUGCGCUCCUCUGCUUGGGCUUCCUCUGCUUGUGCUUCCUGUGCUUGCGCUUCCUCUGCUUGUGCUUCCUCUGCCUGCGCUUCCUCUGCUUGCGCUUUCUCUGCUUGUGCUUCCUCUGCUUGUGCUCCCUCUUCUUUCGCUUCCUCUGCUUGUGCUUCCUUUGCUUGCGCUUCCUUUGCUUGUGCUUCCUCUACAUGCGCUUCCUCUGCUUUUGCUUCCUCUGCGUGCGCUUCCUCUGCUUGUGCUUCCUCUGCUCGCGCUUCCUCUGCUUGUGCUUCCUCUGCUUGUGGUUCCUCUGCUUGCGCUUCCUCUGCUUGCGCUUCCUCUGCUUGCGCUUCCUCUGCUUGUGCUUCCUCUGCUUGCGCUUCCUCUUCUUGUGCUUCCUCUCCUUGCGCUUCCUCUGCUUGUGCUUCCUCUGCUUGCGCUUCCUCUGCUUGUGCUUCUUCUGCUUCUGUCUCCUCUGCUUGCGCUUCCUCUGCUUGUGCUUCUUCUGCUUGUGCUUCCUCUGCUUGCGCUUCCUCUGCUUGCGCUUCCUCUGCUUGCGCUUCCUCUGCUUGUGCUUCUUCUGCUUGUGCUUCCUCUGCUUGUGCUUCUUCUGCUUACGCUUAUUCUACUUGCGCUUCCUCUGCUUGUGCUUCCUCUGCUUGCGCUUCCUCUGCUUGCGCUUCCUCUGCUUGUGCUUCCUGUGCUUGCGCUUCCUCUGCUUGUGCUUCCUCUGCUUGCGCUUACCCUGCUUGUGCUUCCUCUGCUUGCGCUUCCUCUGCUUGUGCUUCCUUUGCUUGUGCUUCCUCUGCUUGUACUUCCUCUGCUUGUGCUUCCUCUGCUUGUGCUUCCUCUGCUUGCGCUUCCUCUGCUUACGCUUCCUCUGCUUGCGCUCCUCUACUUGCGCUUCCUCUGCUUACGCUUCCUCUGCUUGCGCUCCUCUCCUUGCGCUUCCUCUGCUUACGCUUCCUCUAGUUGCGCUUCCUCUGCUUGCGCUUCCUCUGCUUGCGCUUCCUCUGCUUACGCUUCCUCCACUUGCGCUCCUCUGCUUGCGCUUCCUCUGCUUACGCUUCCUCUGCUUGCGCUUCCUCUGCUUGUGCUUCCUCUGCUUGCGCUUCCUCUGCUUGCGCUUCCUCUGCUUGUGCUCCCUCAGCUUGCGCUUCCUCUGCUUUUUCUUCCUCUUCUUGCGCUUCCUCUGCUUGCGCUUCCUCUGCUUGUGCUUCCUUUGCUUAUGCUUCCUCCACUUGCGCUCCUCUGCUUGCGCUUCCUCUGCUUACGCUUCCUCUGCUUGUGCUUCCUCUACUUGCGCUUCCUCUACUUGUGCUUCCUCUGCUUGCGCUUCCUCUUCUUGUGCUUCCUCUGCUUGUGCUUCCUCUGCUUGUGCUUCCUCUGCUUGUGCUUCCUCUGCUUGUGCUUCCUCUGCUUGCACUCCCUCUGCUUGUGCUUCCUCUGCUUAUGCUUCCUCUGCUUGCGCUUCCUCUGCUUGUGCUUCUACUGCUUGCGCUUCCUCUGCUUGUGCUUCCUCUGCUUGUGGUUCCUCUGCUUGCGCUUCCUCUGCUUGCGCUUCCUCUACUUGCGCUUCCUCUGCUUUUGCUUUCUGUGCUGCGCUUCCUCUGCUUGUGCUUCCUCUCCUUGCGCUUCCUCUGCUUGUGCUUCCUCUGCUUGCGCUUCCUCUGCUUGUGCUUCUUCUGCUUCUGCAUCCUCUGCUUGCGCUUCCUCUGCUUGCGCUUCCUCUGCUUGUGCUUCUUCUGCUUCUGUUUCCUCUGCUUGCGCUUCCUCUGCUUGUGCUUCUUCUGCUUGUGCUUCCUCUGCUUGUGCUUGGUCUGCUUGUGCUUCCUCUGCUUGCGCUUCCUCUGCUUGCACUUCCUCUGCUUGCGCUUCCUCUGCUUGUGCUUCUUCUGCUUGUGCUUCCUCUGCUUGUGCUUCCUCUGCUUACGCUUAUUCUACUUGCGCUUCCUCUGCCUGUGCUUCCUCUGCUUGCGCUUCCUCUGCUUGCGCUUCCUCUGCUUGUGCUUCCUGUGCUUGCGCUUCCUCUGCUUGUGCUUCCUCUGCUUGCGCUUCCCAUGCUUGUGAUUCCUCUACUUGCGCUUCCUCUGCUUGUGCUUCCUCUGCUUGUGCUUCCUCUGCUUGUACUUCCUCUGCUUGUGCUUCCUCUGCUUGUGCUUCCUCUGCUUGCGCUUCCUAUGCUUACGCUUCCUCUGCUUGCGCUCCUGUGCUUGCGCUUCCUCUGCUUACGCUUCCUCUGCUUGCGCUUCCUCUGCUUGCGCUUCCUCUGCUUACACUUCCUCUACUUGCGCUCCUCUGCUUGCGCUUCCUAUGCUUACGCUUCCUCUGAUUGCGCUUCCUCUCCUUGCGCUUCCUUUGCUUGUGUUUCCUCUGCUUUUGCUUCCUCUGCUUGCGCUUCCUCGGCUUGCGCUUCCUCUGCUUGCGCUUCCUCUGCUUGUGCUUCCUCUGCUUACGUAUCCUCUCCUUCUGCUUCCUCCGCUUGCGCUCCUCUGCUUGUGCUUCCUGUGCUUGCGCUUCCUCUGCUUGUGCUUCCUCUGCCUACGCUUCCUCUGCUUGCGCUUCCUCUGCUUGUGCUUCCUCUGCUUGUGCUCCCUCUUCUUUCGCUUCCUCUGCUUGUGCUUCCUUUGCUUGUGCUUCCUUUGCUUGUGCUUCCUCUACAUGCGCUUCCUCUGCUUUUGCUUCCUCUGCGUGCGCUUCCUCUGCUUGUGCUUCCUCUGCUUGCGCUUCCUUUGCUUGUGCUUCCUCUACAUGCGCUUCCUCUGCUUUUGCUUCCUCUGCCUUGCGCUUCCUCUGCUUGUCCUUCCUCUUCUUGCGCUUCCUCUGCUUGUGCUUCCUCUGCUUGUGCUUCCUCUGCGUGUGCUUCCUCUGCUUGUGCUUCCUCUGCUUGUGCUUCCUCUGCUUGUGCUUCCUCUGCUUGUGCUUCCUCUGCUUGCGCUUCCUCUGCUUGUGCUUCCUUAGCUUGUGAUUCCUCUGCUUCCGAUUCCUUUGCUUACGCUUCCUUUGCUUGUGCUUCCUCUGCUUACGCUUUCUCUGCUUGCGCUUCCUCUGCUUUUGCUUCCUGUGCUUGCGCUUCCUGUGCUUGUGCUUCCUCUGCUUGCACUUCCUCUGCUUGCGCUUCCUCUGCUUGUGCUUUUGACGCUUGCACUUCCUCUGCUCAUGCUUCCUCUGCAUGUGCUUCCUCUGCUUGCGCUUCCUAUGCUUGCGCUUCCUCUGCUUACGCUUCCUCUGUUUGCGCUUCCUCUGCUUCUUCUUCCUGUGCUUGCGCUUCCUCUGCUUCCGCUUCCUCUACUUGUGCUUCCUCUGCUUGUUCUUCCUCUUCUUGCGCUUCCUCUGCUUGUGCUUCCUCUGCUUGCGCUUCCUCUGCUUGUGCUUCCUCUGCUUGCGCUUCCUCUGCUUGUGCUUCCUUUGCUUGCGCUUCCUAUGCUUGUGCUUCCUCUGCUUGCGCUUUCUCUGCUUGUGCUUCCUCUGCUUACACUUCCUUUUCUUGUGCUUCCUCUGCUUGCGCUUCCUCUGCUUGCGCUUCCUCUGCUUGUUCUUCCUCUGCUUGCGCUUCCUCUGCUUGCGCUUCCUCUGCUUGCGCUUCCUCUCCUUGUGCUUCCUCUGCUUGCGCUUCCUCUGCUUGCACUUCCUCUGCUUGUGCUUCCUCUGCUUGCGCUACCUCGGCUUGUGAUUCCUCUGCUUGCGCAUCCUCUGCUUGUGCUUUCUCUGCUUGUGCUUCCUCUGCUUGUACUUCCUCUUCUUGUGCUUCCUCUGCUUUUGCUUCCUCUACUUGUGCAUCCUCUGCUUGUGCUUCCUCUGCUUGUGCUUCCUCUGCUUGUACUUCCUCUACUUGCGCUUCCUCUGCUUACGCUUCCUCUGCUUGCGCUCCUCUGCUUGCGCUUCCUCUGCUUACGCUUCCUCUAGUUGCGCUUCCUCUGCCUGCGCUUCCUCUGCUUACGCUUCCUCCACUUGCGCUCCUCUGCUUGCGCUUCCUCUGCUUACGCUUCCUCUGCUUGCGCCUCCUCUGCUUGCGCUUCCUCUGCUUGUGCUUCCUCUGCUUGUGCUUCCUCUGCUUGCGCUUCCACUGCUUGCGCUUCUUCUGCUUGUGCUUCCUAUGCUUGCGCUGCCCCUAUUUGCGCUUCCUCUGCUUGCGUUUCCUUUGCUUGCGCUCUUCUGGUUGUGCUUCCUCUGCUUGCGCUUGCUCUGCUUCUGCUUCCUCUGCUUGCGCCUCCUCUGCUUGUGCUUCCUCUGCUUGCGCUUCCUCUGCUUGCGCUUCCUCUGCUUGCGCUUUCUCUGCUUGUGCUUCCUCUUCUUGUGCUUCCUCAGCUUGCGCUUCCUCUGCUUGA